AGCGCUUGAUGAACUUGUGAUAAUGAUGCUGAUUUAACUUAUAUAAUGGGGAUUAACGAGAGUAAAUUCAGGCCAAGUGGACUCUACAGUGGGGGCGAGUACAGAUGUGAGGCCACGAUGUCCUGCACCGAGUGCGGAGGCCAGUGCCUUCCGGAAUGUUGUAAAAUGGGCAACGGAGGGAACAACGCCGGCAUGAUGGGCGCUGGGUGUGAUGACAAAUACAGGGGCGGUUUCUUUCCACGUGAUCGAGGUGGGGGCGGAGGUGGUGGCGGCAGUGAGGGCGGCGGCAGUGUUGGUGGCAGUGGUAGUGACAGUGUUGGUGGCAAUGGUGGUGGUGGAAGUGGCGCCGGCGGAAGUGGUGGAGCUGGCGAUGGUGUCAAAGGAGGGAAAUAAAACCGCUGUAUACAUAGAAAGAACAACUCAUUUGUUGUAGAGAUUACGCGCACAUUUUUCUGGCAGCAUUUUUAGAUGUGGUUAU